AUUCACAUAUAAAUAGCGCGCCCGUCCUAAACUUCUCCCAACACGCCCCUUCCACUCACGAAGAGUAUCCAUUUGUUUGUAAAUCGAAGGAAGAAGGAGAAAUGGAUUCGCAGCAUAAGUGCGUCGGGAUUCUCGCCAUUGAUGUCUACUUCCCUCCUACAUGCGUUCAACAGGAAGCCCUAGAAGCUCAUGAUGGUGCAAGUAAAGGAAAAUACACUAUUGGACUUGGGCAAGACUGCAUGGCCUUCUGUACAGAGCUGGAAGAUGUCAUUUCAAUGAGUUUGACAGUUGUUAAUUCCCUUCUUGAGAAAUAUGGGAUUGAUCCAAGACAAAUCGGUCGCUUGGAAGUUGGCAGCGAGACUGUUAUAGACAAGAGCAAAUCCAUAAAGACUUGGCUGAUGCAAAUCUUUGAGGAAUGUGGGAAUACUGACAUUGAAGGAGUUGACUCAACAAAUGCGUGCUAUGGUGGAACUGCAGCUUUAUUCAACUGUGUAAAUUGGGUGGAGAGUAGCUCUUGGGAUGGACGCUAUGGACUUGUUGUAUGCACAGACAGUGCGGUCUAUGCAGAAGGACCAGCCCGGCCUACUGGGGGAGCUGCUGCAAUUGCAAUGCUGAUUGGACCGAAUGCUCCGAUAGCUUUUGAAAGCAAAUUUAGAGGGACACAUAUGGCCCAUGCUUAUGACUUUUACAAACCUAAUCUUGCAAGCGAAUACCCGGUUGUUGAUGGGAAGCUCUCACAAACUUGCUAUCUCAUGGCACUUGAUUCUUGCUACCAAUGUUUUUGUAGUAAGUUUGAGAAAUUGGAGGGAAAACAAUUCGCAAUUUCUGAUGCAGAUUACUUUGUAUUUCAUUCUCCAUACAAUAAGCUUGUGCAGAAAAGCUUUGCUCGGUUGUACUUCAAUGACUUCUUGAGGAAUGCCAGCUCUGUUGAGAAGGAUGCAAGAGAAAAACUGGAGCCCUUUUCAACCUUGUCUGGUGAUGAAAGCUACCAGAGUCGUUAUCUUGAAAAGGCAUCCCAGCUGGUUGCGAAGCACCUGUAUGAUGCAAAGGUUCAACCAUCAACUCUGCUACCGAAACAAGUCGGCAACAUGUACACUGCAUCUCUUUAUGCUGCAUUUACAUCCCUUAUUCAUAAUAAGCAUGGCACUCUUGGGGGUCAACGGGUGGUAAUGUUUUCAUAUGGUAGUGGUCUGUCUGCUACAAUGUUCUCAGUCAGAUUUCAUGAUGGUCAACAUCCCUUCAGCUUAUCAAACAUUGCAAGUGUGCUGAAUGUUUCUGGGAAGCUGGAAUCCAGACACAUCUUUUCACCUGAGAAAUUUGUGGAAAAUCUGAAGUUGAUGGAGCAUCGGUAUGGAGCCAAGGAUUUUGUGACCAGUGCAGACCGGAAGUUACUGUCUCCUGGCACCUUCUAUCUUACGAAGGUCGACUCCAUGUAUCGUCGAUACUAUGAGAAGAACAUUGUGGAUGGUGCUGUGUGUGUCAUGGAGUCCGGCAGCUGUGGGAACAGUUUGCUACUCAACGGCCACUGAUCAUGAUUUGGAUGAAACAUGGGGGAAGUAGGGGGAUGACCGUGAUGGUAUUAUUGGUUUUUAGAAUGUAUUUUGUGGAAGCAGCUGCAUGCUUUGAUUGCGGGCCAGAGCAUGGUUUGAUUAGCCUCGGUGCAUAUGUUAGCUCUUAUGUUAUGAAAUGAGAUACAUUAUCUCUGUUGUUAAUUUAUCCGAAUUUUCUUGCUUUUCUGGAA